AGUAUGAAGCCGUUCUUGCCCUACUCGACUACGUCUAUAGCGGUUCUUGUUGCAUCGAACGAUCAGUCGGACGAGACCUGAUGGAUCUUGCGUGUCGCUGGGGACUUGACGGAAUACGUCAAGCGUUAGAGACGCAGGGGAUGCUUUCUCUCACAGUUACAACCUGUGCAGAGUUCCUGAAGAAGUGUUUUUUGGAUUAUGUAGCUGCUUCCGAUGGGGCCGGGGGGAUGGAGCAGCACGGACUGUCAGCUGAUGGAGAGGUGAACGAAGACUGGAUCGACUCGGUCGAUGCUCGUAGGGGAAUGGAGUUGGCGCUUGCUCGGUUCGAAGAAGUUGCCGAGACUCCUCAGUUCCUCGACCUUCCUGAGCCAAUUGUUGCUGCUUUGAUCGCGAAUGAUCGAUUGGCCGUCACUUCGGAGAAGGUUGUCCUCAAUGUCAUCUACGAGUGGAUGACAAAGAACGCUGCUGAGUAUGGGCCGGAAGUGCUUGUCAAGGACGGAGGAAAGAAAGUCAGGGGUGAAGAUCUGCUCCGACUGGUGCGAUGGACCCAGUUACAGACUGACUUCCUCGCGUCCUUCGGCUACUGGAACAAACCAAGUCAUCUGAAGGACUGCCGGCUGAUGGAAAUGCACGUGUUUGAGGCGAUGGCUUACGGGCAUCUUCCUCCCGACAUGAAGAACGUGUUCGAGCCGAGAAUUCUCAAUCCUCGAUCUCUGCGAGCCAGAAAGGCGGCUGUCUUGUUUCGUCCGUUGGAGAGGUCGAGGAAAUCGCUCAUCCUGAAGGCCAGUGGGAGGAAGGUGGCGGUCUCUGCGCAGAGCAGGACGUCUGAAGUUCGUCAUGGCGCAAUGGAGAGCGUUGGGAUGAACGGAAGUGACGGCAUCGAUGCUGCUGCUGCUCCGGCUGUCUGCACGGCUGUCUUUGGACACUCCACGCAGUCAGCCACACACUCCUACGUUCUUGAAUGGCAUGCGGGCACAGAGUCGUCUGGCGAGGCCGACGGCUACAUUGGAGUGAUGAACGCAACAACUCUGGAGGAGAACGACAGCGCUUGCUUCGUGCUCAGACUACGAGGAAAGUUGGGUGAGGGUCAGAUCGGUCUGGCACAUAUCUCAGAGUCAGGGACAGAUGCGCUCUUAUCAGGCUGUAAGAUCCAGCUCACCGUCAAUGUGCUCGAGCGACGACUAGCGCUCUUUCGUGUGGACGAGAGCGGAAACUGCAUAUUGCUUCAAAGCAAGGACGCCAACAACGUUGCGGUGCUCCAAAGCUCUUUGACCGCAUCAGCUGAGCCUACGGCAGGUGCCAUGGAUUCCUUGCGUGGGCUUGUGCUUUCCGGGCAGCAGCUUCACAUGGACGCACACCGAAGAGCUUCCCUAGCGUCACUUCUCUCCUCCCACCAGUUGUCGUUGCCGCUAUCUUUCAGUAUCUCUCCCUCCAUGAACGCGUUCGGAAUUCCCUUCCCUUGCUGUUAG